AUGCUCGACCCCCUGCCACCACCACCGGCGUGGCUGCAAACCGCCAUCACCCCUCUUGCGGAAGCUGUUCAACUCCCUACCUUACCCUAUCACAUCCACGAGGUGCUCUUCGCAUACCUCCUCUACCAAACCAUCGAAAGUGUCGUUUCGCCCUAUUUCUCCACGCUGUUCUUUCCCAACAUUUAUAGAAAACUGCCGCGGCGCACGCGGAUCAAUUGGGAUGUCCAUGUCGUCUCCCUCGUACAGUCAUGCCUCAUCAAUACUAUGGCGCUCUGGGUCAUGUUCAAUGACGAGGAGCGCCGUGACAUGCGCCACAGCCCAGUCGAGCGGGUGUAUGGAUAUACCAGCGCGAGCGGACUGAUACAGGCAUUCGCAACGGGGUAUUUCCUGUGGGACCUGAUCGUCAGUACCCGACACUUCAGCAUCUUUGGAAUUGGGAUAUGGUUUCACGCUGUCAGCGCGUUAAGCGUCUUUGCUUUUGGAUUCAGGCCGUUCGUCAACUACUAUGGCCCUGUCUUCAUCCUCUACGAGCUUUCCACACCAUUUCUUAAUGUGCACUGGUUCUGUGACAAGCUCAACAUGACUGGCGGACAACUUCAAUGGUACAAUGGUAUUACGCUCCUUGUGACGUUCUUCGGGUCUCGGCUUUGCUGGGGCACAUAUCAGUCAGUCCGUGUCUUUCAGGAUGUGUGGCAGAUUCUAUACCACUACCCUCAUGUACAACAUGCAGGAGCGUCUCUGCGAGACGUGCACGACAGCCCUUCGUCUUCGAUUUUUGUGCCACGCGAUGGCCAGCUUUGCAUGGGCCGACAAAGCUGUAUUGCUGCUCAGAGUGAAGUCAUGAAGUUUGCACACGCAGGAACACCAGCAAUACCACUCUGGCUGGGUUUGGUCUAUCUGACAAGCAACAUCAUCCUACAUACGCUCAAUUUUUUCUGGUUUGGGAGGAUGAUCGAGACCGUGCGGAAACGAUUCGAUGAUAAACCGUCGGCGCAAUCCGAAAAGAUCAAGAGGAGACAGAGCAUUAUUGAAGAGAUGGCGGAUGAGCUGGAUCAGGGCGAGAUUUCAGGCUAUGGUGUGCCAACGCCGCAUGUUGAGAAGUCGCAGAAGGACUCGCUGACCACGGCUCUGCCUGAUGCUGGGACAGAGAUCAGCAAGAGGAGAAGAGAUCUGUGA